AUGUUCUUCCUCAAGGAGCUCGAAAAGACGAUCCAGCUACACCCUUCGUACUUCGGUCCGCUCAUCCGUUCGCACAUUCACAAGGAGCUUCUGCAGAAGGAGGAGGGCUCGAGUACGGGAAAGUACACAAUUGUGUGCAUAUUGGACUCUUUCGAUAUCUCAGAUGGCCAGGUGAUGCCUGGGUCUGGCUCCGCCGAGUACACAGUGCACUACAAGGCCAUUGUAUGGCGGCCGUACAAGGGCGAGGUGAUGGACGGGAUAGUAACGUCGAUCCUGCCUUCUGGCUUCUUCGUGGACUGUGGCUCACUGCAAGCUUUCGUUGGACGCAACAUGAUUCCCUCUGACAUCAAGUUCGAGGGCAACGCAGCACCGCCCCAGUGGACGGACGGUGCAGAUCAGGUUAUCGAGAAGGGCACAAAUAUCCGCAUUAAGAUCAAAGGUAUCCGUUCUGAGGUCGACAAGAUGUACGCGGUAGGGACGAUGAAAGAAGAUUAUCUUGGCCCUCUGUCGCAGUAG